AUGGAAUUGCCACAUUUAUAUGUUCUGAUUUUACUUUUGAACGUGUUUGACUUUUCAUCAGGAAUAACAUAUAAUAAAGGUGAUACAGAGUCACACUUUGCUUGUGAUAGUAAAGGGAUUCCCCCAAAGGAUGAAAUGAUCAAAUUGUAUCUUUCCUCUGAUGACUUGAAAAUCGAGUGUUUUUUCCAAUCUGAAGUUGAGUUUACUACAAAGGAGUUUCUCAGUGUAUUCACAUCAGCAGGACUUGCUCCCAGCCUGGAAAUCAUAAAUAGUACAUACACAGGGAUCUUCCACUUUAAUUUAACUUUGUACAGUGAUCGGGUUUACUGGUUGAUUGAUAUUCCCAGAGAAAACAUUACAAAAAAUACAGAUAUUGCAACUGUAGAAGAAUGGUUAGUAAGAAUCACUUUACAAUAUGGAUUAAAUAUUUAUACCACUGAAGGAACACUACUGGAUACUGUUCGAGAACCUAUCCUUCACUGGAAACUUGGGACUAUGAUGAAUAAAAGAACAAUCCAGCGAUUAUAUCCACAUGUGGUAGAUCUCAAAACGACAAAGUGUCCCUGUGCCAAUGAUGUGGCAUUACUUGGCUUCGUUAUGAACACAACAUUUAAUGGUGUUUACAUAGGCCUCAGCUUUUCUGGAUUUUGGGAUUAUGAUGAUACCCAAUGGUACAACCUGACAGAUAUGAUCUAUUCCCAAGUUGGAGAAGAACACAAACAGCUCUCAGUGGUGGAUAUGGUUUUAACAAAUCAUUUUUUAGUUAUCCUUACCUCUUUGGGUCUUUUUAUAAGUGGAGAUCUUCGUUAUCCAUCAUCCUCUGUCUUAAUGCUUUCAAGGGUAGACUUUUGCGGUUUCGAAAGGGUUGACUACAUCAAAGGAAAACUGUGGUAUAAUGAAAGAUGUUUUGCUAACAGAGAACACUUUGAAGUUGAUUAUGUUACUAUCACCUUUGACAGAAACAGGACCUUAAGUGAGGCAAACUCUUGUUUUUACAGUAAAGAACCAUUUCUUGAAUGGUUACCUUGCUUACCCCCUGUUCCAAAAGGAACCAAAACUAUUCUUUCAACUGUGAUAACAGUUCUUGUUGACCAAGAGCAAAGUUCUGCAGUCUACCUCUUCCAUAACCAGGUAGGCCUUAAAAAAAAUACCAUUGUCUCUGUGAGGAUCCUAAAACACAACAAACCAGACUUAAUACAAAGAUUUCCAUUUUUCUCUUUUCCUUCAUCAUUCUCUUCUCCUCUUGGAAUGGUAUUCCACCCACGAAGCCAUUUUCUGUAUGCUUACGGUAAUCAGGUAUGGCUUUCAAUUGAUGGAGGCAACACCUUUGAUUUAAUAGCUGACUUUCAUGAUGAUAUCAUAAAGAAUACUUACCAUAGUUUUUAUACUUCAGAUAUUACUCUUGUUUCCCAAAGUGGAAAGGUUUACUUGACAAAAGCAGGGUUAGAAAAAUAUAGUUAUAUUGGAUCUAUUUCUGAUAAAAUUUUCACUUUAUACUAUGACCACAUGGGAUUCAUACAUAAACUGACUCCAGACCACUUUGAAGCUGGUGGAUCACUUGCUGCCUUUGGAAAUUCUAAAGGUAUUUUUGGACAGGCUUUUGACAUGGGCUUUGACACUGCCCUUGCUCCACAGUAUCUCACCUUAAAUGAAAUGAUAUUUUAUGCAUAUGUACCCAAGAAUGAACCAAAGGAUAGAGUAUACACCAAGAGGUUCUAUGACAUUCACUUUGGAAAAUUGAUACACUCCAGGAAAACUGGAACAGCUUACAUAAGAAAGGUAUUUCAACAUAACACUCCUGAAGGAUUUUUGUCCUCAGUUAUUGCAGAACUGAUAGACCCUUUUGGAACAGAGGAAGUAAAUGAGAGCUCUUGUUUGUCUAGUUCCCUUUCCAUUAGUGAAGCUGGAAAUUACUCCUAUAAACUUAGUCUUCAAUUACAAAGUGUUAUCUCCUCAUUUCAAGAUUCAGAUAUAGAAAAGACUGUGGUGAUUCCCGGUUAUAGCAGCCUCCUGAUCACAACGAUUUUAGAUAAUGAGAAUGCUUUAGCUGUUGCUACCAUGCCUGAAAUAGUCCCCCAUAACAUGACCUUUCAAAAAGACUCCUGGUUCUUAUACAACUUUGGAAGAAGGAAUGGACAAACGUGGAACAUAUAUGCAAACCCAUGUAAUUACUGGUUUCAACAACAUGAUGAUUCACUAUCCCUCAGUGUCCUGAAAUACAUUGAUCUGGGGAAAUCUCACACUUUAAAAAUGAAGGUCAUACCUAAUACAAAAGUUCUUAGACUGCUUGAAAUACCACUGCUGCAAGUAAUUGUUGGAAACCCAAAUUUGUUGGAAGUUAAAGUUGAAGGCUAUUUUGAUGAAAGUGAUAGUUAUAUAAUGGAAGUUUCUGCAGCUAGCAAAACUUUACACCAAGGUUCAACUUCACUAGAGUUUAUUGUCUGGGGAGCAUCGACUGAGUGUUAUGUUACAACAUUCGUGCCAAUGUUGAAAAGCAGCUGUAGUUAUCUCAAGUCCAUGCAUCACAUUCCUAGUGAAAUUAUCCCCUUGGAAGACUGGAUGAGUGGAGUUUACAUAAACAGUCAGGGUUUUAAUAUGAUCAAAGUUUUGCCGAUAAACUACAGGCCUCCAUCUAACAUGGGAAUUGCUAUUCCGCUUACAGAUAAUUUUUAUCAUGCAGAUCCUAGCAAACCCAUACCGAGAAAUCUAUUUUACAAGUCGAAGAGAUCUGGUAAAUUCAAACAGUGUGCAAAUGCAACUACUCGGAAGGAGUGUAAUUGUACAAAUGAUCAGAAGUUUUCAUAUGCUGUUGCUUUCUCAGAUUGUCGAGAAAAGGUUCCUCGUUUUAAGUUUCCAGUUAUACAAUAUCCAAUUUCUUUGCAAGUUUACAGUGAAGAUGGAAAUUUCCCAGUGGAAACUCCAUACCUGGUUACUGUGACUGAAGUGAAUAACAGGGAAAACUGGAACCUAAGACACACUGUGCCAGAAAACGUUAAAAAAAUGAAGAACUACUUAGAAUCAAUUCUUUCUGCUCCAGUGUAUAAUCCUUUAGGCCUCAACUUAAGUAUAAAAGGCUCUGAGCUCUUUCACUUCAGAGUGUCUGUUGUUCCGGGGGUCUCUUUCUGUAACUUAGUUGAAGAAUUUCAGAUUUAUGUUGACGAAGUCCCUCUGCCAUUUCCAGGACACACACUUAUUGCUGUUGCAGCAGCUGUACUGCUGGGGGGAUUAAUUUUUAUAGCAUUUAUGUUCCAGAUACGUAACAUCCACCCAUGGGAUACAUUCAAAAAGCUGAUUAGAAGAAACAAUGUGAACCCCACAAAUACCACUGCCAAUUAGCUGGUUCAUAGAUGAAAAUCUGAAUAGUGAACAAAUAAUAAUCAUAAUUUUCUCUGUAUUUCCUAGUUCCAUUAGAUAAUUCCUAGAAGAAAAUGUAUUUAAAUGUUAAUGUAAAAAUUAGAUAAAAUACUACAGAAUUAGCAUUUUUAACUCAAAUUACACUUUGUCAACAUGUUUACCAUUCCAUUCUCUUAUUUUGGAUACAUAGAAAAUUUCUUAUGUUAACACUUAGAAGAUUUUCCUUGAGAUUCUUAAGAAAAUGAAAAAUGAUAACCAUCUCUUGGGGGACGGGUUUUCUGUAUUUAUUCUUUAGUUUUUGUUGACUGGAGCCCAUUCUGAGCCUUGUCCUUUUCAGAUUAGAAUGAGUAGAAUCCAAUCCUGCCAGGGAAAGACAGGUGAUAAAGGAGGCUCAUGUCCAUGUGUGCUUUCAGAACCUCAUGAGAAUUACAGGUGAAGCCAUUUGGGUUUUCUUGAGGCAACUUCAAAAUCAGAUUGUAACACCUAAAGAGGAGGAAAUGUGACCCCAUCAUGGGGCUGAGUCUGGGGGAGGUACUGGGUUACAGAACUACAUGUGACAUGUAGAAUUCCAAAAGAUGCACCUGUGCUCUCAGAGCACCCGUUCCCAGGUCAUCAGAAGAUGGCCAGUACAUUUGAAGAUCAGAGAGUUACACCCUCCUGGAAAAGCCCAGAAGGAGCACAGACUGCUCUUGACAACAUGGGGCAAGGCUAGGCAUCCAGCCCAGGAGAGUCCAGUUCUGGGAACCGCAAACCAUGGCCGUGCCUGUGUAUCCUGAAAGUUCUUCUGAGAGAGAGGACAGUGGACAGGGUAGACCCAGCACUCAGAUUCAGGAGCCAGACAUUACAGGUGUGCCACUUCCUAGGUGUAUGACCUGAGAAAAUAAUUUUAAUUUCUUUGUGCCUGAGUGUUUUCACCUGUAAAAUGGGGAUAAUAUUAAUACCUACCUAAUAGGGCUGUUGUGAAGGCCAGAUGAAUUAAUACAUACAAAAUAAUUAGAACAGUGUGGGCUUUGUGAAUACUUUUAAGUGUUAGCUGUUGCUGUUCCGUUGCAGGUAAUAGAAAUCCAUCCUGUCUAACUGCAAUGAAAGGGGAGUUUAUUGAAAGGGUACUACAGGAAGCCAGAAAAUCAAAGCAAAAUCUGGACAAGCAGUGCUUGUCCAUGGAGAGGAAGGAGACCCACUCUGGGCACCUAGGAGACAGGAGCUUGUGAGCUCCUCAGAGCAUCACUUGGGCUAGGGCUCCAGAGAUUAAACAUGGCACAGAGGUUAAAAGUAUAAACUACAUGGAGUAGGAAAUGGCAACCCACUCCAGUAUCCUUGCCUAGAAAAUUCCAUGGACAGGGGAGCCUGGCAGGCUAUAGUCCAUGGGAAAGAGUUGGCCAUAACUGAGCAACUGAACACACACUCAUAAACAUUCUAUGAAAGCAGGAGAGCUUAACGCUAGAUAAAAUGUUCCCUCAUUCAUACUCUUAAAUGUCCAUUUGUAUCCAGAUUUGGCUUUCAGAUCACCCAAAGACCUGAGGAAGGUUGAAGCCAGGUCCUUUUCCUGAGGAUCUCCUUGCCCCAACUUGUAGUCCUUGGCAGGCACUGGAGAAAUUAAGGCAGGAUUCACUUUCAGAGACAGAACAGUGUAUGUGAUUCCCAUGUUCUCUAGUGAUCAUUCUUCUUUCCUACUCAGUGACUGAGCUUUUGGGUUGCUGUUGUUUUGUCUUUUGUUUUGUUUAACUUCCUGAGACAAAAUCUUCUUUUCAUAGUCUUUCUUGCAGUUAGAUGUGGUCAUGAAGAAAAGUUCUGGCCAAUAGGAUAUAAGCAGAAUUGUGGGUGCAACUGCCAUGAAGUGUCUUUAAUAAUAAAGGGCAUAUCCUUCUCAAUCUGAUCUUUUGCUGGAUGGAAAGCAGGUGAUGACCAGAGCUUCAGCGGCCUCUUAGAUUAUAAGAGGGAUAGAUUAUAAGGCAACCUUGGAAAUGCAGUACGCACUGUAAUGCAAUAAUACAGCAGGUCCCUGACCCAUGAAGCUCCAAACAGCCCUUACAAACUACCAAGUGCCUUCUGGAAAAUGGAGGAGAAAUAAAAUUCUAUCUUGUUAAAAAAAAAAAAAAAAAGUAUAAACU